UGUUCGACGGUAUGUUGAACGAAGCUACAAUUGCAGAAGCCCUGCACACCUUAGGGCGUUCCGCCUCCGGCAUGGAGCGUGUCUACCUUCACCUGUCACUUUCGGACCGUCUUUUGAGUGACGUCCACGUACUUUCCAGAUACAUUCAUCUCGAAAAGCUCGAUCUUUCCUACAAUAAAAUCAGUGAUCUCUCUUUCAUCAGUUACAUGCCUUACCUGUUGGAAUUGGAUGUCUCCCAUAAUGCCCUAACCACCUAUUUUGACUUCAGGCCACCCAAGAACCUCCAG